AUGUUCACCCGGGGGUCCCGGCGGCGGCGAUCGCAGCGAGAUGCUGAGGACCCCGAGCGGGGCUGUCCCUGCCGUGCCUGCCAGGAGCUCUGUCCCGGCUUCCAGGAGCACCCAUGGAGGAAGAUCUGCCUGCACUGCAAGUGCCCUCGGGGAGAGCACGUGGUGGGGGGGGUCCCCCCAAGCCUGCAGAGGGUCCUGGCCCGGUUGCUCCCCGAGUUCCAUCCCCCCCCCGGCUCUGAGGAUUCGGGGUGCUCAGCUGAGGAGUUCGCCUGGGCCCCCCCCGGCCUCAGCCCUGACCAGGUGUGUCAGUAUUUCCGUGCCCUGCCCCCCUCUCUGGUGCCCCGUGUCCGCAGUCCCGGGGAGCGGCAGCGGCUGCGGGAGCUGCUGCGACAGCUGCCCCCACACGACCUGGAGCCCCAGUUUUGUCACGACCUGGACGAGGUCGAACGUCGGGAAUUGAAACUUUUCGCCCAACGUCGGAAACGCGAAAAUUUGGGCCAAGGGAGCGUCCGACCCCUCCCCCUCACCAGUGCCGGGGCUGUGUGCCAGCAGUGCGGGGGCGCGGUGCGCGGCGGGGCCCUGGCCGUGUUCGCGGCGCGGGCGGGGCUGGGGCUGUGCUGGCACCCCCAGUGCUUCCAGUGCCACCAGUGCCAGCAGCCGCUCGUGGACCUGCUCUACUUCUGCUCCGGGGGGCCCGGGGGGGCGCGGGGCCGCCUCCUGUGCGGGCGGCACCACGGGGACUCGCUGCGGCACCGCUGCCCCGGCUGCGAUGAGCUGAUUUUCGGGGGGCGCUGGACCGAGGCCGGGGGGCGCCGCUGGCACCUGCGGCACCUGCGCUGCCUCGAGUGCGAGGGGCCCCUGGAACCCCAAAACCUGCCCGGGACGGGGCCCCCCCUGUGCCCCCCCUGCCGCGCCCGGCGCGCCCACCUGUGUGACACCUGCGGGGACCCCAUCGAGCUGCAGGCUCCCCACGUCACCCACAGGGGGCAGCACUGGCACCCCCUCCCCGGCUGUUUCCGCUGCGCCCCCUGCGGGCGCCCCCUGCUGGGCCGGCCCUUCCUGCCCCGGGGGGGGCAAAUCUUCUGCUCCCCCCAAUGUGCACAGGGACCCCCCCGCACCCCCCGCAGCGCCCCCCAGAGGCGCUCCUGGGGCGGGGGACCCCCGGCAGCUCCGCCCCCCCGGGGCCCCCCCAAAUCCGCCCCUGCCCCUCCGGCCCCGCCCCCGUUCCCGCGGCUGCCGCCUGGCCUGACCCCCCCCCCCCCCCCCCCCCCCCCCGCCUUCCCUCGGUGA